AUGAAUUCAUGUGGGGUCGAUAGAAAAUCUGUCGGGAUCUCAUCAGACGCCGUCCUCGACUCUCAGUUCACUGCCAAGCUGUGCUCACCGCAGUGUUACCAGAACUGUCCCAACAUUGUGGAUCUUUAUUACAAUUUGGCUCUCGGAGAAGGAGCAUUUUUACUUGAUCUGUGCAAAUCUCAACGAACAAAUUCACGCCAUUCAAUGGCUCAAAUUCAAAGUUCUGGUGCAGCUCUUGGCCCUAUUGCUGCUGGUCCUAUGUCUGCUUCUGCUCCUUCUCCAUCUUCACCUAUAGAUUGUGCUCCAACUCCAAUGUAA